CACAGGCUUCCAACCCCAGGAGAAUGCCUGCAGAAAAUCACUCUACUGUGACAGAGUUCAUUCUAGGAGGAUUAACAAAUUGGCCAGAGCUCCAGCUCUCUCUCUUCUUCCUCUUUCUAGGGAUCUACAUGGUCACCAUGGUAGGGAACCUGGGCAUGAUUACACUCAUUUGUCUGAAUUCCCAGCUUCAAACCCCCAUGUGCUACUUCCUCAGCAAUUUGUCAUUUGUAGAUAUGUGCUACUCCUCUGUCAUUAUUCCUAAAAUGCUGGUGAACUUUGUGUCAGAGAAGAACAGCAUAUCUUAUGCGGGAUUCUUGUUACAGCUCUACUUUUUCCUUGUUUUUGUCAUUGCCGAGUGUUACAUGCUGGCAGUGAUGGCCUACAACUGCUCUGUUGCCAUCCACAGCCCUUUGCUUUAUAACAUCAUUAUGUCAAAAAAAAUCUGCUCCUUGCUAGUGGCUGUGGCCUACCUCAAGGGGCUCAUUGGCUCAACAGUAGGAACCACCCUCAUAUUAAAACUGUCCUAUUGUGAGAUUUUUUAUUGUGAGAGCCUCAUCAGUCAUUACUUCUGUGACAUCCUUCCUCUCAUGAAGCUCUCCUGCUCUAGCACCUAUGACAUUGAGCUCACAGUUCUCUUUUUGGCUGGAUUCAACAUCAUAGUCACCAGUUCAACAGUCCUUUUCUCUUAUGCCUUCAUCCUCUCCAGCAUCCUCCAUAUCAGCAGCACAAAGGGCGGGUCCAAAGCCUUCAGCACCUGCAGUUCCCACCUUACAGCUGUGGGAAUGUUCUAUGGAUCUAGUGCAUUCAUGUAUCUAAAACCUUCCACAGCCAGUUCUUUGGCCCAGGAGAAUGUGGCCUGUGUAUUUUACACCACAGUGAUCCCGAUGCUGAACUCUGUGAGGACCAAGGAGGUGAAGGCUUCCAUGCAGAAAACACUGAGAAGAAAACUGUCUUGAUGCAAGUGUUAUUAUUCUUUCUCCUUUUGAAAAGUAAGUUGUUAUAAAUACCAGAGGAAAGUCCAUCCAUGGACAGAGAACACAGAUUCUGCACAUGGUUGGUGAAUGUCUUCUCUCUUCUCUCUUC